CAGCGAGGAGCGCCUCGGCAGCGCGUGUGCAUGUAGGGGGGUGCAUGCAUGCCGUGGAUGCAUGCAUGCAGGCGUGCGUUCCCCUUCUCUCUCUAUAGGAUGUACCGCCGAACGGUUGGCUCUUCCCUGUAGGCACGCGUCUGGCUCGCCCUUGCCUUGCGAGAAGCGCUUGGCACGAGUAGCAGCUGCCGCUGCUUCUCUUCUCUUUCCCUCCGGUCGGCGUCCAAGCGAUCCAGGCGGCUCCUGCGACAAGGCUCGCGUCUUUCCCGGCCGCCGCUGCAGCUGCCGUCUGCCUUUUCCUUCCCUUCUCCGGUGGGAAGCCUCGAUGUGCUGCCGCCAAUGGCUGGGGCACAGCCAGGAGUCCACGCUCUCCAGCUCCAGCCGGUCCGGGUCUCGGCUAGCCUCAAGAAGGGCUCCACCUUCGUCAAGUGGGACGACGUGCAGGAAUCCGAACUGUUAGAUGUCAGCUUUGUGAAAGAUGCUCGAUGUGGGAAACAUGCCAGAGCUCCUAAGGAUCCAAAACUACGCGAACACCUGGAUGUAGGAAAUGCAGGAGGACGACUGGAAAAUCGAAUGCUUACAAUUGUGUAUGGUCCUGACCUGGUUAAUAUAUCUUACUUGAAUUUAGUAGCCACUCAGGAAGAAAUAGCAAAGGAAUGGUCAGAAGAAAUCUUCAGUCUGGCAACAAACCUCUUGGCACAGAACAUGUCCAGGGAUGCUUUUCUGGAAAAAGCGUACACAAAACUUAAAUUGCAAGUCACUACCGAUGGGCGUAUCCCUUUGAAGAACAUUUAUCGCUUAUUCUCCUCUGACAGAAAGCGCGUUGAGACUGCAUUGGAAGCUUGUAAUCUUCCAUCUGCUAGAAAUGAUUCAAUUCCUCAAGACGACUUCACUCCAGAAAUAUACAGGGAGUUUUUGAGCAACUUCUGUCCUCGGCCUGAAAUUGACCACAUCUUCGUAGAAUUAGGGGCAAAGAGCAGACCGUAUCUAACCGUUGAUCAGAUGAUGGAAUUUAUAAACUUCAAGCAGCGAGACCCACGGUUAAAUGAAAUCCUCUAUCCGCACCUGAAGCAGGAACAGGUUCAACAACUGAUUGAAAAAUAUGAACCCAAUAAUAGUUUGGCAAAGAAAGGACAGAUAUCAGUGGAUGGAUUUAUGAGAUAUUUAAGUGGAGAAGAAAAUGGAGUUGUUCCACCUGAAAAACUGGACCUGAAUGAAGAUAUGAGUCAGCCUCUGUCUCACUAUUUUAUCAAUUCCUCACAUAAUACCUACCUCACAGGUACAGUAUAAAAACAAGUUCUUUAGAUUUUUUAUAACAUUGAUGUUAUAAAACUUUCAUACAUUCUGUAUGCAUAUUUCAAAGAUACCUGCUGAGAGAAAUGGAUACUGUCCAGCAUUGUCUAUGUGGGUGGCCAAAUGAGGCAAAAUGGUGGACAUGGCAUGGUGAUAUAAGCCCUAUUCUCUUUGUUUGCAUUCAACAAUGAAUAUA